AUGGCUCUACCUCAUGGAGGCAAAAUGGCGCACCUUGGGCCGAGGCAUUCCCGCAAACACCAUACCUUGUGGCGCUCUACCAGAAAUGAAGCGGCUCUUCCGUCAUAUGAUGUGACCAUUGAAAGCUUUCCCGGCCCAAAUUGGGGAGGUUCAACUGCCGGAGCACUCGACGUGCAUUUUUUUCAUUCACAUGGCUUACAUUUUUACGAUAUUGGAAGUGGACCAGGAACCUACAAUAUCACUGAUAAUGGAUCUUCUCUAAAGUUUCGACAACCAAUCCAACGUGACACAACAAUGCUUUAUCGGUAUUCCACAACCGCACCCACAGGACAAGCUGCAGGGUGGGGAGCAUGGCGCGUCCGGUUACAGAUCCUGAAGUGUGGAUGA